GUACCGACUCCAGUAAAAACAUCAGGAGAGGGGCAUUCGAGAGGAGCACUACCCUGAUUGGCUGGGACAGAGCCCAGUUGAGCCUCUGCAUCACUGCUCCUGCUGCAGCUGCACUGUGGUAGAGCGCGUUUUCAGAGCAAGGCCAAAGCCUGCAGGGCCAAAGCGCUCAGACGUCACCUUCCAGAGAGAUCCCCAGCAGAUUCGGCAUGGCCUCCCCCUCUCUCCCCCUCCCCUCUCUACCCCCGAGCCCGCUGGCCAUGGAGUACCUUAACGAUUUCGACCUACUCAAGUUCGAAGUCAAGCCAGACACCCCUCCGCUCCCAGCUCCCUAUCCCAAAACCACACCCACCAGGGGCCCCUCCAGCCCCUACCCGAACCAGCCCCCCCAGGACUCCAGCCUCAGCUCCACCCCUUACAACUCCCUUCCCCCAUCCCCAACACUGAGCGACAGUCAUCCUCCCCCCUCCUCCUCUGCCUCCUCCCUCUCUCUCUCCUCUUCCUGCUCCUCCCUGUCCUUCCCUGUCCCCAACGGCUACCAGCCCAGCCUGGGCCCCACCUCCCAUCUGAACCCCAAUGCCAGCCCUGCCCCCAGCUCCACCCCUGGGACCGCCCCCGGUCACUGCUCCGCCCCCGCCUCUUUGGAGGAUCUGAUCUGGUUGGCGGCUCUGCAGCAGCAGUUUGGGGGCGACUGUGGGGGCCAGGUGUCGGUGCUGGGGGCCCUGGGAGGGGGAGCAGAAAGGGGGGACAGAGAAAGGGGCCCAGCGGGGGCAUUCCUGGGGUGUGAGGACGCUGUGGAGGCCCUGCUCAACUCGGCGGCAGCGGCAGUCAGCUCGCAGUUCCCCAUGCUGGCUCAGGGCUCCAGCUCCACCCUGCAAGACUCCAGCAGCGACAGCGGAGGUGACGUCUCCUGCUCCAAAUCAGCAGACAUGUGCCACCGUGCCCCCCUCCUCUUCCUGUCCCCGAAUGCCUCCUCCCUCCCUAACGCCCCAAACUCCACCCCCUACCCGCAACCCCCCAGCCCCCAGAGCCGACUUCAUCACCAUCAGCCUCACCACCAUCACCACCACCACCCGCACCACCCACUGCACGGCCACCAUCAUCACCAUCAUCAUCAUCACCUCCAGCUCACGCAGUGUGGACUGGAGGAACGCUUUUCAGACGAGCAGCUGGUCAGCCUGUCGGUGCGGGAGCUGAACCGCCACUUACGUGGCGUCAGUAAGGACGAAGUGGUGCGUCUGAAACAGAAACGGCGCACGCUGAAGAACCGCGGCUACGCCCAGUCCUGCCGCUACAAACGCCUGCAGCACCGGCACGCGCUGGAGUCUGAGAAGCAUGUCCUCACCCAGCAGUUGGAGCAGUUGCAGUGUGAGCUCACUCGUGUUCUCAGGGAAAGAGACGCCUACAAGUCUCGUUACGAAAAGCUCGUCAGCACGAACGAGGCUCCGCCCACACAAGCCAACCGCCCCGCCUCGCCUCCCGACUACUUCAUGUGAGGUCACCCCGCAGGGAUAAGGGGGAGAGCAAGAGAUCAGCUGAAUUAAGGCAAUCAGAGAGGAGUCACACCCUGAUAGUGAUU